AUACUUUCGACCCGUUUAAACAAAAUCAUAACCCGCCCGCUAUCGUGGCAACUCUACACCGUCAUUCCCCACCCUUUCCUCCUCCCCCUUUCUCUCUCCUCCCUCUCUAAUCCAAAUCCCCCAUUUUAUUUAGGGUUUUACUGAAAACAAUUUGGGGGUUUUCUUAUUAUCCCCAAAAUCACCAUUAAAUUGAGCUCGAGCUUUAAAUUCCAACCAUGUCUAAGCGCAAAUUCGGCUUUGAAGGCUUCGGAAUCAAUCGACAACAAACAUACAACUUCGAACGAUCUCAGCAACAACCUCAACGUCUCUACACUCCUCCGUCUUCUUCGCGGCCGCACGACCACCGUGAAGACACUGACGUUGACGACAUCGAAUUCGACGAUAAAAUCAAUAACAUUUCCGACGCGGGAAAUCCUGCUGAAGAAGAUGAAAUCGAUCCUUUGGACGCUUUCAUGGAGGGAAUACACAAGGAAGUGAGUGAAGCGCCGCCGCCGAAGCCGAAAGAGAAGCUUGAUAAGUAUAGAGACGAUGAUGAUGAAGAGGAUGAUCCGAUGGAGAGUUUCUUGAGGGCAAAGAAAGAUGUAGGGUUAACUCUGGCGUCGGAUGCGCUCCGAGCUGGUUACGAUUCCGAUGAGGAGGUUUACGCUGCUGCUAAAGCGGUUGAUGCUGGGAUGAUUGAGUAUGAUUCAGAUGAUAAUGCUGUGGUGCUUGAUAAGAGGAAGAUUGAGCCUAUUACUGCUUUGGAUCAUAGUGAGAUCGAUUACGAGGCAUUUACUAAGGAUUUCUAUGAGGAGAAGCCUUCAAUUUCUGGCAUGACUGAGCAGGACGUCACAGAGUAUCGGAAUAGCUCAAAAAUCCGCGUAUCUGGUUUUGAUGUUCCAAGGCCGGUUAAAACUUUUGACGACUGUGGUUUCCCUCCUCCACUGAUGAGUGCAAUCACAAAGCAAGGUUACGAGAAGCCUACCAACAUACAGUGCCAAGCUUUACCAAUUGUGCUGUCAGGGAGUGAUAUAAUUGGUAUAGCAAAGACUGGAUCCGGAAAAACUGCUGCUUUUGUGCUUCCGAUGAUUGUGCAUAUAAUGGACCAGCCUGAGCUUGGUAAAGGAGAAGGACCAAUUGGAGUAAUAUGUGCACCUACCAGAGAAUUAGCUCAUCAGAUAUAUUUGGAAACUAGGAAAUUCGCGAAACCUUACGGGUUACGUGUGUGUGCUGUCUAUGGUGGGAUGUCCAAGCUUGAUCAGUUUAAAGAACUCAAGGCAGGAGCGGAGAUUGUUGUCGCUACUCCUGGAAGAUUGAUUGAUUUGCUGAAAAUGAAAGCAUUAACAAUGAAGAGAGCAACGUAUAUGGUGCUUGAUGAGGCAGAUCGCAUGUUUGACCUUGGUUUUGAGCCGCAGAUAAGGUCUAUUGUUGGUCAGAUCAGGCCAGACCGUCAGACUUUACUCUUUUCAGCCACGAUGCCCAGAAAAGUUGAGAAGUUGGCACGAGAAAUACUUUCUGAUCCCGUGCGUGUUUCAGUAGGGGAGGUAGGUAUGGCAAAUGAAGAUAUAACUCAGAUUGUUCAAGUGCUUCCAUCAGAUGCAGAUAAAUUACCUUGGCUCCUAGAAAAGCUGCAAGGAAUGAUUGAUGAAGGUGAUGUUUUGGUGUUUGCUUCGAAAAAGGCAUCCGUAGACGAACUUGAGUCUCAGCUUGCACAGAAAGGGUUCAAAGUUGCUUCUCUUCACGGUGAUAAAGAUCAGGCUUCUCGGAUGGAGAUACUGCAGAAGUUUAAAUCUGGGACAUACCAUGUUCUAAUUGCUACGGAUGUCGCUGCUCGGGGUCUUGAUAUCAAGUCAAUCAAGUCUGUCGUUAACUUUGACAUUGCAAAAGAUAUGGAUAUGCAUGUGCAUCGUAUUGGUAGAACUGGCCGUGCUGGUGAUAAAGACGGAGUCGCAUACACUCUUAUCACACAAAAAGAGGCUAGGUUUGCUGGGGAAAUGGUUAAUAGUUUGAUCGCUGCUGGUCAGAAUGUGUCCGUGGAACUGAUGGAUCUUGCCAUGAAGGAUGGAAGAUUCAGGUCUAAACGUGAUGCAAGGAAAGGAGGUGGUGGAAAGAAGGGAAAAGGGAGAGGAGGCGGAGGAGGAGGUGCUGGUGGUCGAGGUGUCCGUGGUGUGGAUUUUGGUUUGGGUAUUGGGUAUAAUACAGAAUCCAACGGUGCUCCCUCUCAAACACCCAGUCGGACUGCCGCUGUUAAUUCACUUAGGACAGGUGUGAUGGCGCAGUUCAAGAGCAGCUUUGUGGCUGCAACACCUAACCCUCAGAAUCAGGCUACUAGCAAUUCAAACGUGUAUGUCAACAGGCGCCCAGCUAUGAGUGGUUUCGUUUCGGGUGGUACUAUUGGUGGUGAUACCAACAGACCUCAGCCAAUUCCUACAACAAAUUACACUCCUGCAUCAGGAGGAGGGAGCAUUGGUGGUCAGAAUUCUGAUCAGAAGAGCAAUGAAAGUGCGAGAGAAAGAACAAGAGAAAGGCGAAGGCCCUCAGGCUGGGAUAGGUAGCAAAAUUGGAAGUUGUCUUUGAUUACCAUUGUAGCUUUUAGUACAAAAACAUGCGACCUGUAAGUCUGUAACACUAUUUUAUAUCUACAAGUAUAAUUAAUUACUUUGA